AUGUUCCACCUCUUCUCCCACUGCUGGUCGUGGCUGCAGGCCAUACAGGAGCCCGUCAGGAAGGUGACCCUCCUUGUCAUGGGGCUGGACAACGCAGGGAAAACCUCCGUCAUCGCGGACAUGGGGGCAGCGCUGGCCGGGGAGGCGCUGCCCGGUGCGCAGCCUGGCCGGAGCCGCCUGCGGCUGGACAGGUUCGAGGUGACGCUGCUGGAGCUGCCCGGGGCGCAGCGCUCCCGCAGCGCCUGGCGCAGCCACUACAGCGAGGCGCAGGGGCUGCUCUUCGUGCUGGACUCCGGUGACCCGGCACGGAUGGAGGAGGCCCGCAAGGUCCUGAGCCGCGUCCUGAGCCACCCCGAGGUGUCCGGGAAGCCGCUCUUGCUGCUGGCCAACAAGCAGGACGCGGCGGGCGCGCUGCUGCCCUGCGAGCUGAUCGAGCGGCUGUGCCUGGAGCGCCUGGUCAACGAGAAGCGCUCGCCCUGCCGCAUCCGAUCGCCCCCACAGCGCUGCGCUCCCUCCCGCAGGCACCGGCCGCCCCCCGGGGAGGAUGCUCGGGAGGGCGCGGGGAAGAGCGGGGAGCCCCGGCCGGAGCGCCCGGUCUGCCGCCUCCUGCCCCCGGAGGAGAGCAUGAAGGGCCCCAGGAGGAGGAAGAGGAAGGUGAAGGUGAAGAAGAAGGGCUCGGGGCAGCCAAGCCCAGCUGCAGAGUUGGAGGCACCGGGAGCAGGGGCCGCCGGGGGGCUGCUGCUCCCCAACAGGGUCGGGCAGGAGGAGCCCAUACCCGGCCCCUGCCCAGCACAGGGUAUGAAAAAGAAAAAAAAGAAGAAAAUCAAGAAUAAAAUCAAGUCACGGGAACCUUCUCUGGAGCAGCAGCGUGAGGAGAUCUCAAGCACCUUUGAUCUGUACCGCCGCGCCAUGCUGGCUCUGAAGAUGAGGCAGGAGCAGAGGAAGCAGCCGUCGGCCGUCGCCCCCUGAGCAGGGAGGCAUGGAGCGGGGGGUGCAUCCCUGCAGUGGCACUGCCACCCGCGCCCCUGCACAGCUGGCAGAGCUGGGAAAUGGGUCCUGGGCCACAAACAGCAUCCUUGUCCCCUGCGUGGCUUGAGAACCAGGGAUCCACGGGGGCGAGCCAAAGGUCCCUUUGUGAGAUGCCGGGCUGUAAAUCCAUGGGAAAAGGGAGCAGCCAGCCCUGGCUGCCCCUGUCAGUGUUCGUGGGAGACUCCACCUAAAGCCAGACCAGUCUGUGCAGGAGAGGAAGAUCCGAGCAAACAUCCCGGAGGACAGCUUGUCCCUGAAUGGGCCUGUGCCCCGGGAGAGCUGUUUCCUCAGGCCAGGGCUGCACUCCCACUGCCUGGAUCGGUGUCGUGGAGGGAGCUCAGCCCCAGGUGGGCCCCGGGGAGGAGAGGAGCUCUGCCGGACCCUCAGCCACACCUGGCAGGGCUGCCAGGACCCGCCUCACACGCUGGAGGAAGGUGACGCCCGGUUUGUGCAUCCUGCAGCCCGUCAGAGAAAAUCUAAACUCAAAGCAGCUGGUGGCGGAGGCUCCAGCCCCAGGAGCGUUCCUCCUGACCGUGCCAUCCUUCCAGGAGGGUCCCUGGCGCUCCAGCCUGGCACUCUGCUGGCCCAGGUGGUCCCUGGGGUGCACUCAGCUCUGCCCUGAGAGGGCCAGUGCGUGUGCCAGAGCCGUGCCAGCCAGAGCCGUGCCAGCCAGGCCUCCUGUGGCACAGCAUGUGCCAGAGCCAUGAUUCCCACACCGAGCCGUGCCAGCCUGGCACCGGGCCGUGCCAGCCUGGCACCGAGCCGUGCCAGCGGGCUCUGCACGCCGGCAGAGCUCCCUCAGCCCUGCAAACACUCCCCCGAGCCCGGGGCCGGGCAGUUUUCCCUGCCCCUGCAGCAGCUGUGCUGGAGGCUCUCCGUGUUCCCCUGGCACUGAGGAACUGGCACUGCCUCUGUGCUCCAGGGGAAGGCAAACCACAGCAGCCCUUCCUCGGCAGGGCUGAAGGGGAAAAGGGCAGAAACUGGCUGCUCUGCCUUGCCAGCCUGCCAUAACGUUCUGUCUACCCUCUGCUGUAUUCAGCUGUUGGCAACUGCAGGGACUGUUUGUAAAUAAUCUGUAAAUAGCAGCAGCAGAAGUUAACACUGCCCUGUAAAUACAGCACUUGCAGCA